UAGUGUCAUCACAAUAAAAAAGCGAGUGGCCAAAGACUUCCUCAAAGGUUUCACAAGACCGAGAUGAAUGAUAAAUGGCACAGCACAUUUAGGCUCAGACUCAUAUUCAGACACGCUACACUACUAACCACCAAACAUAAGCCAGAUUGAAAGCACAAUGGCUGUGGAAACAGUCAUCUACACGUUGUUCGAGGUGCUUAUUGCUGUUAGCUGCUGUCUCGGUAACAUGUUGGUUAUUUUGGCUCUGUGGACCAGUAAAAGCAUUCAACAGCCUACCUUCUGCCUUAUUGUCUGUCUGGCUGUGGCUGACUUCAUGGUUGGCUGCGUGGCCAUACCACUGGCGGUGUUGGUGGACGGACGAGUGGGGACUUCUUUCUACGGCUGUCUCUUCAUCAGCUGUGUGGUCAUCCUGCUGACCCUAGUCUCAGUUUUGUCUCUUUUGGCUAUUGCAGUGGACCGCUUCCUCCGGGUGUUUUUCCCUCUCAGGUACAAAAGGACUGUAACACAGAGACAUUCUUGGCUUGUAGUAGCAGCAUGUUGGCUUGUUGCAAUACCACUGAGCUUUGCUCCCAUGCUUGGAUGGUGCAACCAUGAAACCUGGUCUAAGUCCGUCAACUCUACUAUUGUCUGCAAGUUUAUAGACGUGAUCCCCAUGUCAUACCUAGUUUACUUCAACUUCUUUCUUUGCACCCUGCCACCUCUGUUGGUGAUGACUGUAUUGUAUGCCUACAUUUUCUGGACAAUCCGAGGAAACCUUCGAGAGAAACCAGGCAACGGUGCCCAAACCCAGUCGCAGAUCUACCUAAAGAAAGAAAAACAGCUGGCAGGAUCUCUGUCUCUGGUCUUGGCUCUGUUUGCGCUGUCCUGGCUCCCUCUCCACAUAAUGAACUGCAUUCUUUACUUUGGUGGUCCAAAUUAUGUACGAGUAGAAGCUAUCUAUAUUGGCAUUCUGCUUUCUCAUGCUAACUCAGCUGUAAACCCAGUUGUGUAUGCGUUCAAAAUACAAAAGAUCAAGACAGCAUACCUGAAGCUCUGGAGACAGUAUAUUUCAUGUGGAGAAGAAAAUCAAGGAUCUCAGACAAGCCAGUCAACAGACAACAAUCUCAGUAGUGUGGCCAACAAUGAGUGAAAGAAUAUUUUGUUUGUUUGCUUCUUUGUUUUUAAGGAGCAGGUUUGAUUGACUGUUGAGCAUAAUUAAACAUUGGUCAAACACAUUGUGUGAAAAGUUAAGAAAGUCAGUUACAGUAUGUGAAGUUUGAAAUUAUUGAAAUAAAAAAGCUACCUUUUAAAGGAUGAUGUUCUGUGUAUUGAUACAGUGAAGAUAUCUAGCCAAGUGCACUGAAAUAUCUCUAUGUUCAGGAAUCUGUUUGUGUUUGAGUGACCUGUAUGUGGGUACACAUAUGGGUGAUUAUUGUACAAACUGUCUUGCAGAAGGAAAUGGCAACUUCCACUGUCUUAAAAGCUUUAGUUUCAUAUCACUGUUGUGCUUCUGUUUAUAUUGAAGUUCCAGUUCUUUUGUCAAUUUCACAGGAAGCACACACUGCGUUGGAAAUUACCUUCACUAUCUUUAAAAAAGAAUUGAACUUUUAUGACACUAGAAAGAUAAAUUCAGACAUCUUAAGCA